AUAAUAAAACUUGACUUGACAGAACAAGUUACUGUAAGGUAAAAGUUACAAGAAAUAAGCACAGACGUAGCAUAUCAAAACAGCAGUAGAAAUAACCGAAAAUAGUGCAGUAACCAGAUUUAUAAGAUGUAACAAACAGUUGGCAUAUUAACAUGUCAAAUAGCUUGUAAUGGGAAAGUAAUGUAUUAUGAAUAUUUGUGUUGUAUUCUUCUUUUUAUUUUCCUUUAAAAAAAAUCUAGUACUGGAUAAAUAACAACAUUCAAUGGUAAUGCUGUAGUGUUGAUGUGCACAGGGGUACUGCAGGUAGCCAAUCAUUGGUGCAUAAUAUAAUUUUAUUUAUAGAAUAGGCUAAUAUUUAUUUAAAAAAAUAAAAACAUUCUAUAUUCUAUCACCAGAACUGAACUGUAAACAUUUAGCAGAUCCCGUUCAAAGUAACGGCUUUCCGUUAAUUUAGUAAGGAUGUCAUUUGCAUUUUUGUUUUCUUGCAGCUUAUAGGUGCUUUAGUUACCAUGGCAACUGAACUUGGGGUGAACCAUGGGUGAACUCAAGCUAUCUGCUAUUUGCUAGUAGCCCUAGCCGUGGUUAGCUCGCUACUGUGAGACAAGUAAUUAACAACAUGUGCGCUGUUCCUUUAACGAACUGUGACGGUCUGUGUGAUUGAAUACAAUUGGCUCGCUCACUUCCGCAUGUUUUUUGGGUUUGUAGAGCAGCAUGGCAGGACAACCAUGGAACAGGGUAAACAUACCCUUUCCUGGUGCUGUUUCCAGUGUCCGUAUGAAUUUCAACUCAACAACAGAUGCUAACAUUAAAACCCUGUUGGUGGAAAACGAGAAGGUCCUUAAACUAAUCCGCAGUGAGAUUCUUCAAACGGAGAUACGGCUUCUCUACGAGCUGCUGUACAUCCUAAAUAACAGCUUCAGAGGAAACAAGACGUUCAAGGGUUUAAAACAGGUUGAACAAUGUGUAAACAGGCUGAAGAACAUGAAGCUGGAUGUGUCUCUCCAGGAGCUGACUGAUCUGUGUCCCAACAGGAUUCAAAGAGGACUCAGCAUCAAGGCUGGUGAAUGUGAUGUUCCUAGUCAACCCAUGCUGGAGUGGCUGUGUCUCAAAGUGCUGGGAGCCGCCCAGCUGAUGAGCUGCACAUUGAAUCGCUGCAGCAGAGCUUUCAUAAUCUCAAGGCAGCAGAUGAAAUGGGAGGAGUUUGUAAUCUUGAAUGUGGUGAUUACUAGCAUGCUCAGUCGUCUGUGGGUGAUGUUCCGUGGUAUCCUGGUCAGCCUGUCCACUCUGUACCAGCAGCUCCUGGUGUUCCUCAGAGAAGUAGCCCACACCCAGCCCAUGCCUUUUCUCACAGACUUCUCCCUGCCAGCAGACAUGGCUCAGUUCCUGUGUCCCUCUGAUGCAUUUUUACUGAUCAAACAACCAAAGCAUGAUUCCAGUACCAAAGAUGACAAGGAAAAGCAGCAGAAUAAAAAGAAAUCCUCCAAGAGCCAGGGACAGACAGGGAAGGUUAAAGAAGACCUGGGCAUUGCUGUUGAAAGAGGUACAAAUCAUGACACUGACUUGAAGCCUUUUCUCAAGGUUGUUAGGAACUUAACAGAGGACAAAUACUUCUUACGGGGAACUUACAAGGCUGACAAGAGACAAAAAUUCAAGAAACAAGUGAGAGAAGCCACUACUUUCACAGACAUGGCAGCCCAUCUAGAAGAAAUGAUCCUAUGGUGCAGAUCCCAGAGGAUGGAAAAGGAAAGACGCCUUUUAACCUUCCUGCGUUUGAAGUGCCACAAGAUGACAUGUCUAGAGGCUACAGGUUACAAUAUGCAGAGGAAGUUGCAGAGCUUCAGACAGGAAGCUUGCUGGGCUGCAUCUCCUCAAGGGCCAGCACCAAGAACCUGCCGUUCCUCUGCCGCAGUGAGGAGAAAGAAUCGCCUCAGAACGCGUUGUCAAUCACUCAGGAGUCAAUUCAAGUCUUCCACAGUCAAAACUGGUGUGAAAAAUAAACACCUUAAGAGACGACGAAGGAGGAGGUGUGAGUUAUCCAUGUCUGGACUGUCAGAGACUGGUCAAAGAAGCAGGACUACAUAUGAGGAAACACCUCAGACCACCAACUGUGAUAGCCAUGAUGACAUUGAUGAUAUUUUUGCCUCUGGAGGUUUGUGACACUUGGCCAUGAGCACAUCAGAAGAAACAAAUUAGUGUGCCACUGAGCUCAGUACACAGUGUGACUCAUUCUUCUGUUUUCAAAAGAAUAAUAAAUGGAACUAGAUGUGUUGGGAGAGCUGAUGGUUGGUUUAAAGGUGGGUCUGAUGCAGCAUCACAACAGCAUCACUAUAGGUAAGCAAAGCAGCUUUUUGCUGGUGUUAUUUAUUAAAGUUUAAGGUGAUGAGAUUUAACAACUCCCAUUGUCUUGAUACCAGAAUGGGGAAUUUUGCACCAGCUGUGUGAUAAAACUUUUUAGCGAUAUUUUUGACCCUGUUACUGUGAAUUGGAAUUUCCAAGGGAUCAAGUCAACUCUUGUUAAGAUGUUCUAUUUUGAAUAGCAGGAUAUUUAAGCAUUUUAAAAGGUGAAACUUUAAAGAAAAUGUCUGCUGUUGGCGAUGGCCAUUUUGGCUUUUCAUAGGGUACCUAAUAGCCCCUUUCACACAUUCACUCUCUCUUGGAUACAGUGUACACUAGGUUAAAUGCAUGCAUUUGAGAUGUUAAAUGCUCCUCUUGUUCUGCCCUUUUUAAGGCAGCACUAUAAUAGCAUACAAUGUUUAAUGCACAAAGAAAUAAAAUCAGUAUAAUGAACCAUGAAAUACUGCAAGUGGAGGAAGGUACAUAAAGCCAAAUUCCAUGUCUGAUUGGGGCUUUUGAGAUGACCUGACAUCAACUGAGCAGUUUGUCAAGUCUCUAGUGGUAUAUCUGGCACCACCUAGUGGUGAUAAUAAGUAUUGCUCUCAAUGGUUAUUCCUGGACUGUUAAUAGCUCCAAUACAAUAUUACAUGACUCCCUCAACCUUGUUAAUUGUAAUGCCCUUGGCAGGGGCAAUGCGAGAAAGCAGAGGUGCCAGUUUUCUUGUCUAGAAUUGAAUUUGUGCCCAUAGAGACUGAGUGCUGAUGUGAACAGAGAAUGCACUGGCAGUGUAUUAGUGGGCAGUGUGGCGUCAGCUCUAGGCCUUUGAAACUUAAGAGCUGUGCAGACAAAAGUGCCACCAAAUUGAAACAUGCCGGUGUCUGGCACUCUGUAGCAACCAUGACUGCUAUAGAGUGAAGGAGUGAAGGAUGUGUACCAGAUUAGGAGCUGAGUUUUUUUGCAGACUGUAUUUCUGCUGCCCACCAUCUUAUCAUCCUUUGCCAAAGGCAGCACAGCCCUCCCAUCUGCACAAGUACAACAGUGCACUGUUUUUUUUUUACCACUCACUGAGCCUGACUGUGUUGAGUUAUGGUCUCAUAUCAGCCCGCCAGCUUCAUUUGUGCAUAUGAGCCUGCAGAUACCUGAUUGCUGUGCUUUUUAGGUUUCAUCUAAACCAGUUGGUCAAGGUCAACUUUUGCACUCCCCUGCAGUGAAGGAAUGGAGCAGAGCUAAAGCAUUUAAGUCUAUAUUCUGCAUACAUGAGCACACAGGAAAUCAGACCAAUUUUUUUCUCUGCUGGAAGUCAGAGUGGCUAUGCCAAACACAAUCAGUAUCCAAAUUUUUACACUUGAUGGGAGGUACAAUGUGAUGGACACAGAGGAGGUCAGCAAACCUCAUGGACAUCUUUUCCUUAGUAGGAAUGAAAGGAGCAGCGUAUAGAUUAAUCUACAAAAUGAUAUGUGCCCUGUUGAAAAUAUACUUUGUAAAUUAAAAACUGAAGAUGAAAAACAAG